AUAGAAUCAAAGUGUGUGACCUAGCUGGGUCUCAUCCUCAUUGUUAACUAUGGGGACUUCAUAACUGGAUGACCAGGUCCUAAAUUGGACAGAAUAAAUCUUAAAGGUGAUCCGUCUUUUGGGUAGGUAAAGAAAACACAGAAUUGCAAUUCUGAGGCUUACAAGACUUCUUCGACUAGGAGUGCCAUGACAAGGCCUGUAAAGUAUAUGCUUUGCAGUAUGGAGUGGAGUACAUGUUCCAAAAGCAGGCAUUUUUAUCUCUCAAACCCUGCAUCAGGGGUCAGGGGAGAGACAAAAGGCCCUUCCCGAGUUUAAAAUUCAAUUCGCAAGGCAGGACUUAGGAAAAUUAAACCAAAUAUUAAACGGAAGAAAAUCCCUUGCGUAGAGUAACUGCCAAUUGCGUUGUACAAAUCAAAACUGAAAUAAAAUGUUAGGGCGUUCUAAACAAAUAGCUGGAGAAACAGAUAAAACAAAUCUAAAAUGGAAGAAAAGGUGGCGGAUUCGAGUUGAAAAUGCCAAGUUGAGGACCAAAAGCAUUUGGAUAGAAGCAGCCUCCGGGCUGGAAGGCAGAUAGCAAACGAGUACUGCCACCAAAGAUCUGGAAAGACCAAUAAAUGUUGCAGUGGGUCGGUUUAACUGAAGGCGGUUUCCUCCUCCUCCAUUAGCUCGGCCCCAGUUGGAAGCGCAGUGCGCGGCGCCGAGCUCCAGGUCCCCGGCUCGGGUGGGAGCGGGGGGAACAGCCGUGGGAGGGGCGGGGCGAGCGCGGGCGCUCAGCCGGCGCAGGGGCGGGGCGGUUAUAUUACGUGCGCGGCGCCGCCCCUGCGAGAGGACGUUGCGUGCUCGCUCGCGUCAGGCGAGUCUCCGCGUCUCCCUCGCGAACUCGGUGAAAGGAAUUGGCGCCGUUCGACACCAGGCGGAUCCGCUCUGCAGCAGAAACCCACCUCCAGCCGCAGCCGCAGCCGCCGCCCGGGCCGAGCAGCAGCCUCAGCCGCCGCGAGUGGCCGAGUGAGCGGAGCCGAGUUUGAGCCAGCGCCUAGCGGUGAAUUGGGGCCUCACCAUGAGUUCCUCGCCUGUUAAUGUGAAAAAGCUGAAGGUGUCGGAGCUGAAGGAGGAGCUCAAGAAGCGGCGCUUGUCCGACAAGGGCCUCAAGGCCGAGCUCAUGGAGCGUCUCCAGGCCGCGCUGGACGACGAGGAGGCCGGGGGCCGCCCCGCCAUGGAGCCCGGGAACGGCAACCUAGACCUGGGCGGGGAUUCCGCCGGGCGCUCGGGAGCAGGCCUCGAGCAGGAGGCCGCAGCAGGCGGCGAUGACGACGAGGAGGAAGAGGAGGAGGAGGAGGAAGGGAUAGCCGCCCUGGAUGGCGACCAGAUGGAGCUCGGGGAGGAGAACGGCGCCGCGGGGGCGGCCGACUCGGGCCCGAUGGAGGAGGAGGAGGCUGCCUCGGAGGACGAGAAUGGCGACGACCAGGGCUUCCAGGAAGGGGAGGAUGAACUCGGAGACGAGGAGGAAGCCGCGGGCGACGAGAACGGGCACGGGGAGCAGCAGCCUCAACCGCCGGCGGCGCCGCAACAACAGCCCCAGCAGCAGCGCGGGGCCGCCAAGGAGGCCGCGGGGAAGAGCAGCGGCCCCACGUCUCUGUUCGCGGUGACGGUGGCGCCGCCUGGGGCGAGGCAGGGCCAGCAGCAGGCGGGAGGUAAGAAGAAGGCGGAAGGCGGCGGAGGCGGCGGUCGCCCCGGGGCUCCGGCGGCGGGAGACGGCAAAACAGAACAGAAAGGCGGAGAUAAAAAGAGAGGUGUUAAAAGACCUCGAGAAGAUCAUGGCCGUGGCUAUUUUGAGUACAUUGAAGAGAACAAGUAUAGCAGAGCCAAAUCUCCUCAGCCACCUGUUGAAGAAGAAGAUGAGCACUUCGACGACACAGUGGUUUGUCUUGAUACUUAUAAUUGUGAUCUACAUUUUAAAAUAUCAAGAGAUCGCCUCAGUGCUUCUUCCCUUACUAUGGAGAGUUUUGCUUUUCUUUGGGCUGGAGGAAGGGCAUCCUAUGGUGUGUCAAAAGGCAAAGUCUGUUUUGAGAUGAAGGUUACAGAGAAGAUCCCAGUAAGGCAUUUAUAUACAAAAGAUAUUGACAUACAUGAAGUUCGGAUUGGCUGGUCACUAACCACAAGUGGAAUGUUGCUUGGUGAAGAAGAAUUUUCUUAUGGGUAUUCUCUAAAAGGAAUAAAAACAUGCAACUGUGAGACUGAAGAUUAUGGAGAGAAGUUUGAUGAAAAUGAUGUGAUUACAUGUUUUGUUAACUUCGAAAGUGAUGAAGUGGAACUCUCCUAUGCAAAGAAUGGACAAGAUCUUGGCAUUGCCUUCAAAAUCAGUAAGGAAGUUCUUGCUGGACGACCACUCUUCCCGCAUGUUCUGUGCCACAACUGUGCGGUUGAGUUUAAUUUUGGUCAGAAGGAAAAGCCAUAUUUUCCAAUACCUGAAGACUAUACUUUUAUCCAGAAUGUCCCCUUGGAGGAUCGAGUUAGAGGACCAAAGGGGCCUGAAGAGAAGAAAGAUUGUGAAGUGGUUAUGAUGAUUGGUUUGCCAGGAGCUGGGAAAACUACCUGGGUUACUAAACAUGCAGCAGAAAAUCCUGGUAAAUACAACAUUCUUGGAACAAACACCAUAAUGGAUAAAAUGAUGGUGGCAGGUUUUAAGAAGCAAAUGGCAGAUACUGGGAAACUAAACACGCUGCUGCAGAGAGCUCCACAGUGUCUUGGAAAGUUUAUUGAGAUUGCUGCGCGUAAGAAGCGAAACUUCAUUUUGGAUCAGACAAAUGUGUCUGCUGCUGCCCAGAGGAGAAAAAUGUGCCUGUUUGCAGGCUUCCAACGAAAAGCUGUUGUAGUUUGCCCAAAAGAUGAAGACUAUAAGCAAAGAACACAGAAGAAAGCGGAAGUAGAGGGAAAAGACCUACCGGAACAUGCAGUCCUCAAAAUGAAAGGAAACUUUACUCUGCCAGAAGUAGCUGAGUGCUUUGAUGAAAUAACGUAUGUUGAACUUCAGAAGGAGGAAGCCCAAAAACUUUUGGAGCAGUAUAAGGAAGAAAGCAAAAAAGCUCUUCCACCAGAAAAGAAACAGAACACAGGCUCAAAGAAGAGCAAUAAAAAUAAGAGUGGCAAGAACCAGUUUAACAGAGGUGGUGGCCAUAGAGGGCGCGGUGGAUUCAAUAUGCGUGGUGGAAAUUUCAGAGGAGGAGCUCCUGGGAAUCGUGGUGGAUAUAAUAGGAGGGGCAAUAUGCCACAGAGAGGUGGUGGCGGUGGCGGAAGUGGUGGAAUUGGCUAUCCAUAUCCUCGUGGCCCUGUUUUUCCCAGCCGAGGCGGUUAUUCAAACAGAGGGAAUUACAACAGAGGUGGAAUGCCUAACAGAGGGAACUACAACCAGAACUUCAGAGGACGAGGAAACAAUCGUGGCUACAAAAAUCAAUCUCAGGGCUACAACCAGUGGCAGCAGGGUCAAUUCUGGGGUCAGAAGCCAUGGAGUCAGCAUUAUCACCAAGGAUAUUAUUGAAUACCCAAAUAAAACGAACUGAUACAUAUUUCUCCAAAACCUUCACAAGAAGUCGACUGUUUUCUUUAUCUGUCCAUGUGAAUGUGCUGUGUGGAAGAGUAAAAGGGUCCAAGUAAAUGUGUUCCAGUGAUUCCAAUAGCUAUUUAGCUGGUACCUACCGCUAUAUCACCUAGUGUGAAAUUUCGGAUUUAAUGGAAUAAUGAA